AGUGUGCGCAGUUGUUGGUAGACCGUACGGUCGCAGGCUUUAGCUGAGGGACAUUGAAUGACUUUGUACAGAGUGUGGCAGCCUGUUAAAGAAAGUUCUUUUCUGACAGGUUCGGACGAUAAUCGGACCUAAUGGAGGCCUUAAUUCCUGUCAUAAAUAAACUACAAGAUGUUUUCAACACGGUCGGCGCGGAUAUCAUUCAACUGCCGCAGAUAGUUGUUGUCGGAACACAGAGCAGUGGAAAGAGUUCUGUUUUGGAGAGCCUGGUCGGGAGGGACCUCUUGCCGCGCGGCACUGGCAUCGUCACACGCCGGCCCCUCAUCCUACAGCUAGUGCACAUUGAACAGGAGGAUCACAGGAAAACUAGUGAAGAGAAUGGCAUCGAUGGCGAAGAAUGGGGCAAAUUCCUACACACUAAAAACAAGAUCUACACAGAUUUUGAGGACAUCAGGCACGAAAUUGGAGUGGAAACAGAAAGAAUUUCUGGCAAUAACAAGGGUAUUAGUGAUGAACCCAUUCACCUGAAAAUCUUCUCACCACAUGUAGUGAACCUCACACUGGUGGAUCUUCCUGGCAUUACAAAGGUUCCUGUGGGAGACCAGCCCAAAGACAUUGAGAUCCAGAUCAGAGAACUGAUCCUCAGGUACAUCUCAAACCCCAACUCCAUCAUUCUGGCUGUGACUGCUGCCAACACAGACAUGGCAACAUCAGAGGCCCUCAAAGUGGCCCGGGAGGUUGACCCAGAUGGUAGGAGGACGCUCGCAGUGGUGACCAAGCUGGAUCUGAUGGAUGCCGGUACAGAUGCCAUGGACAUAUUGAUGGGCAGAGUCAUUCCUGUCAAACUGGGCAUCAUUGGAGUAGUGAACAGGAGUCAGUUAGAUAUAAAUCAAAAGAAGGUUGUGACAGAUGCAAUCCGUGAUGAAUAUGCUUUCCUACAAAAGAAGUACCCAUCACUCACAAACAGGAAUGGAACCAAAUAUCUGGCUAGAACAUUGAACAGGUUACUGAUGCACCACAUCAGAGACUGUCUUCCUGAACUGAAGACAAGGAUCAAUGUGCUGGCAGCACAGUACCAGUCUUUACUAAACAGUUAUGGAGAACCUGUGGACGACCAGAGUGCCAUGUUGCUGCAGCUCAUCACAAAGUUUGCUGCAGAGUACUGCCACACCAUAGAGGGCACAGCCAAGUACAUCGAGACAACGGAACUAUGUGGUGGAGCAAGAAUCUGUUACAUAUUUCACGAGACAUUUGGGCGAACGUUAGAGUCGGUCGACCCUCUGGGUGGACUGACAACCAUCGAUGUGCUCACGGCAAUCAGAAAUGCUACAGGCCCGAGACCUGCUUUAUUUGUGCCGGAGGUGUCGUUUGAGCUGCUGGUGAAGCGACAGAUCAAGCGUCUGGAGGAGCCCAGUCUCCGCUGUGUGGAGCUGGUCCAUGAGGAGAUGCAGAGGAUCAUCCAACACUGCAGCAACUACAGCACACAGGAGUUGCUGAGGUUUCCAAAGCUCCAUGAUGCCAUAGUAGAAGUGGUCACCUCAUUACUCAGAAAGAGACUCCCUGUCACCAAUGAAAUGGUACAUAAUCUUGUUGGCAUUGAGCUGGCCUACAUCAACACCAAACACCCCGACUUUGCCGAUGCCUGCGGCCUCAUGAACAACAACAUAGAAGAGCACAGACGCAACAGAAUGAAAGACCUGCCCACCGCUGUGCCCAGAGACAAGUCGUUUAAAAGCCCUGGUGGGUCGCCACACUCACCCAAUGAACCUUCUGCCCCUGUGGGCCAGGUCGCCAAGGGAGCAGCUGGAGGCUCUCAGAGUGGUAAUGUCAGCGAUCAGACAGACAGCGGGACGGGGAGCUGGAGGGGCAUGUUGAAGAAGGGCGAGGAAGGCGCCGUUGGUGACAGGACCCAUCCAUUUCCUAUGAGCCCACACAAGGGCCAUGCUGUCAACCUCCUCGAUGUGCCGGUUCCUGUUUCCAGAAAGUUGUCGACUCGAGAGCAGAGGGACUGUGAAGUCAUCGAGAGACUCAUCAAGUCAUACUUUCUAAUUGUGCGGAAGAACAUCCAGGACAGUGUACCAAAGGCUGUGAUGCACUUCCUGGUGAACCAUGUGAAGGACUGCCUGCAGAGUGAGCUGGUGGGUCAAUUAUACAAGCAGGGCCUGCUGAACGACCUGCUGACCGAGUCCGAGGACAUGGCACAGAGACGCAGUGAGGCUGCUGACAUGCUCAAGGCACUGCAGAGAGCCAGCCAAGUCAUAGCUGAGAUCAGAGAAACCCACAUGUGGUGAGGGCGGCGUCUCUUCAUCUAUCAUGAGCCUCCCGACACACAGAUAACCUGAACAUGCACUGGUGUGGAUAUGUGUAUAAUCCAAACAUAGUUUUAAAUGUAAAGUAAGGACUUGGGGUUUAAUGAAGAGCACUUGUUAGCAACAUCAGCAUCACAUGAUCCUGUCCUACAUUUUUUAUAUUUUUCUUGUAAUUAGAACAAUAAAUACAGUAUAUAGAUAAUGUUAUUGCAUUGCCACUAUGUGGAAUCUUGCUGUGGAUUAUCUGCUCUAAACAAAGGUUUGAAUUAAAGCUAGAAAUGACCACACAUGCAACAGCACGCAUAUGCUCUCUUUAUCGUGACAGUUUCAUCAUUAGCUGGUAAACACUUUGCCCACUGCUAUUUAUUUUUUCAAAGAAACGCACUUCAUUCAAAUAUUCUGCCUGUAAUGAUACCCUCUCAUCUGUUUCCUUUUAACGACAGUAUUAUUUGAACGCUGCUUUAUUAGACCAUUAUUUGUAUCUGAAGCUUUACUUCCUUCAAUGACAUGUUUAUGAUUGAUUCAAGUUGGUGGAGUUUUUUUGUAUUACUGCAUUUUGCUUCUUAUACAAAUGGACGUUUUGUGUAGUUUGCAAAAAAAAAGGCAGCAGAGUUGAUAAAUAAUGACUUAUUUAUUGUUUUCUAUCCUGAUUAUUGACAUGUAAUCCAACACAACAGAAAAGUGAAUACACGCAUUAGACACAUGGGCUGAUUCCUGGUGUCUCGGGUUUCCUUGUCCUCAUCCAGCAGGUGCUUUACCUCAGCCGCCCGCCCAUCUUGCCCUUGCCACGACCUUUGGCGCUGAAACAACAGAGAGACAGAGAGUUGAGGGCAAACAGGUCGGGUCAUUUAUAGCAGAGUUCAACAACUUGAGCAGCAAACGGAUGAACCAAGUGUGGUUUAUUGGGGAGGUUUCUGGUUGUAAAAACAGAAAUUCUGUUUUUCAAAUAUGUCAAAUAAAUUGUGGUGUUUUAAGAGGGACUUUAA